AUGGGAGACAAAUCUCGCAAAAACAGCGUCACUCAGGAUGUGGAGGCUAAUGGCACAUCAGAUCAACAACAACAGGUGGAAGCUGUGGCCAAAGCCGUGCACGGCCAUCCGGUAUCCGAACAUCCAACCACAUACUGUGAGACACUAAUGCAUCUCUUAAAAGGCAACAUCGGUUGUGGUAUGUUGGCCAUGGGAGACGCAUUUCGCAACGGAGGCCUUUUGAUGGCACCGAUUCUCACAGUUUUCAUUGGAACCGUGUGCAUUUACAACAAUCACAUACUGUUAAACGUCGCUCAUAAGCUGAAGAGCCGACUGAAACUCGAACACUGCCCAACGUUCUCGGAGACUGUCGAACUGUCCUUUGCGACUGGACCCAAGAGCUUGCAGAAGCAUGCGGACGUGUUUAGGACCACCGUCAACGUAUUUGUCAUAAUCACUCAGUUGGGAUUCUGCUGCGUGUACAUACUGUUUGUGUCCAGCUCCAUUAAGCAGUUUUGCGACGAAUAUGGAACCGUGCUGGAUAUUCACAUCCACAUGAUUUUUGCUCUGGUGCCCAUAAUGUCGUGCGCCAUGAUUAGGAAUUUGAAAUUCAUCGCACCCCUGUCGACCGCCGCCAACAUAUCAAUGGCCAUUGGUCUGGGCAUUAUUCUGUCGUACUGCGUAGUGGACUUACCAACCCUCAACUCCAGAACGGCCGUGGCCCAUUGGUCGCAAAUCCCCCUGUUCUUCGGCACGGCCAUUUACGCUUUCGAAGGAAUUAGUCUUGUAUUGCCCCUGCAAUUGGAAAUGAAAACACCUAAUAGAUUUGCGUCAACUAUGGGUGUGUUGAACGUCGGCAUGACCAUCGUGACCUUUAUCAUUCUGACCAUGGGCUUUGUGGGAUUCUGGCGGUUCGGCGACGACGUUAAAGGAAGUCUCACGCUCAACCUCCCACCCACUCUCAUCCUUUCAAAAAUCGUGGUCGGUCUGAUGGUGUUCGCAAUCAUCUGUACUUACACACUGCAGUUUUACGUGCCCGUCGCUAUCUUAUGGCCAUCGGUACAAGAAAAAUAUGGACCGUUCCAAUCGCCCGCCCUCGCCGAAUAUCUUUUGCGCGCCGUACUAGUUUUUGCUACAUUUUUGGCGGCGGAAGUGAUACCUCAUCUGGCACUGUUCAUAUCGUUGGUCGGGGCCAUCGCCAGCACGUUCUUGGCCCUAAUAUUCCCACCUAUAUGCCAUAUGGUUGUCUGGAAGGACGAAGGAUUUGGAGCGUUCAAUUGGAAACUUCACAUGGACAUCAUUACUAUAGUCUUAGGCCUGUUAGGAUUCGUAACUGGUACAUACUUCAGUUUACACGACAUUAUAGUUGCAUUUAGCAAAGAUUUUGGUUUCCAUUGA